UCAUAUAAUAUAAACAGAUAUUUAGAAUACUUUUAUUUUUAUUUCUUAACAAACGAAUUUAUAAAAUGUGUUAGGAACGCCGGCUUAGAGGUCUAAUUAAAUAUAUAAAUAAGCACUAAUUUGUUGCGAUGAAGGAUCCAAAUAUUCUAAACGAGAACGUGAUGCCGCAAGCAAAUCCAGUGUCCAAGUUGAAUGAGAUACGUUGCGGCCUGCUCUACAAAUUGGAAUCACAGAUUGGUCCACCGCAUGCACCAAUAUUUAAGAUUUCCGUACAGUUUGAUGGGCAGAAAUAUGAAGGAGAGGGAAGAAAAAAAAGAAUUGCUCGUAUGCGAGCAGCCGCAAGAGCUCUGGAAAAUAUUAAAAUUCCCACAUUAAAUAACUCCUCCGAUAAACAAUUGGACCAUAACAAUGGCAUGGAUGUAGAAAUGUCCAACAAUGAUGACCAAACACCACGGAUGGACACGAAUGGUCAUGGUCCAGUCAGAGCAUUAAAACGACGUUAUGAGGGAACCAACUAUUCACAAGUGCCCAAGAAGGUAUCUAAACUAAGCAGCGAAGAUUCAAAGGCUGCCACAAAGAACUCCUUAACAAUAUUGAAUGAAAUGCGAAGUGGUUUGGUUUACAACUUGGAAUCGCAGUCAGGCCCAUCACAUGCUCCCCAAUUCACAGUGUCCGUGGUAGUCGAUGGCAAAAAGUAUAUGGGACAAGGAAACAGCAAAAAGGCUGCCCGCAGAGAGGCAGCUGCCUCAGUUUUGAGGGAAGGUAAUCUUUUCACAGCAGCAGCAGUUAAUAAAAUUUCUACGCCUGUUAAAAACGAAGUUCAAAUUUCCAAAAUAUCGGAAAAGAAUCUUGCGGAAAAGUCACCCAUUGCUCUUCUAUACGAGAAGUUUUCAGAUAUACAUUUCGAAUACUUAAAUCUAACACCAGCGGUAGGCAACACCAGCUUCAAGGUCAGUGUCGAUGUCAAUAAUAGCCAAUUCUAUGGGAUUGGAUCCUCCAAAAAAUUAGCAAAAAAUGCUGCUGCCAAGGCUGCAUUAGCAUCUCUCUGCAACAUGUCCUUUAGUCCUAUGGUACAGCCUGCCAAGAAAAUCUCUUUGUCUGUGGAUGAUAAAUUUGCGUCUCUGGAAUUGCCACAGGUACAUGCCGAUACUAUUGGCCGCCUAGUCUUGGAGAAGUUUGAUGAAAUUAUGAAGCAACAAGAAGCCUAUGCCCGACGCAAAGUUUUGGCCGGUAUUGUUAUGACCAGGAAUAUGAAUUUUAAUGAAGCUCAAAUCAUUUCAAUUACCACUGGCACCAAAUGCGUUGGUGGUGAACAUAUAAGCAUUAAUGGAUCAGUGCUUAACGAUUCUCACGCCGAAAUUGUAUCACGGCGUUGUUUCAUGAAAUUUGUCUACUCACAAUUGGAACUGCACUUCAGCCAGGCAACAGCAAACCAAUCGAUUUUUGUGAGAAACCAUCGAAACGCUCAAUACCCCUACAAGUUGAAACCGGGCAUACAUUUCCAUUUGUACAUAAACACAGCGCCUUGUGGCGAUGCCCGUAUUUUCAGUCCGCAUCAAAAGGCAUCGAGCAUAGACAAUCAUCCGAAUAGAAAGGCGCGUGGUCAGCUGCGCACCAAAAUCGAGUCAGGUGAGGGCACUAUACCGGUUAAAACUAGUGUUGGAAUACAGACAUGGGAUGGAGUUUUGGAAGGUCAACGGCUACGCACCAUGUCCUGCUCCGAUAAGAUUGCCCGUUGGAACAUUGUUGGCAUACAAGGAGCUCUCUUGUCCCGUAUUAUAGAGCCCGUAUAUUUGCAUUCCAUUGUGCUGGGCAGUCUUUUGCAUCCCGAACAUAUGUAUCGUGCUAUCUGCGGUCGCAUUGAGAGUUCCAUACAAAAUCUACCACCACCCUACCACUUGAAUAAACCACUUUUAGCUCAGCUUACCUCAUCGGAACUUCGCAAUCAGGCAAAAGCACCAAAUUUCGGUAUUAAUUGGACCAUAGGCGACACCGAAGUGGAGGUGGUCAAUUCGUUGACUGGCACAACGAUUAACGAUCAAACUUCGCGUUUAACAAAGCAAAUGUUCUUUAAAAGAUUUGAAUCUCUGAUCAAAAGGCUGGCUGGAUUGCGCGAGGGAAACCUAACUACGGACUAUGGAGAGACCAAAGCCCAAGCAGUUGACUAUCAGACGGCCAAGCGGGAAUUAUAUAUGGCAUUUCGACGUGAAGAUCUAGGCAAUUGGCUGAAAAAGCCAUAUGAACAAGACCAAUUUGUUAUUGGGGAAUAAUUUCUUGAAAUGUUUAACUUGAACAGCAAGUUAAUUGCCAUUUACCUUCUAUUCGCGUAUUAUGAUCUACGAAACAACUGUUAAUACUAUAUACAAAUUUUCAAUUACAUAUAUGUAUGUAUAGAAUAAGAAACAAAAUUUGAAAAAUUGACAAAGAAUAAAAGUGGUAAUUUUACAUUA